ACUGUCACAUAGCUUGUUAUUGGGGUUUAAAGGAACGGCAUCUGCUGAUCAGUAGACACCGAGAGGCAACAGCUGACUGAUAUACACGCACAGUCUCCCAGGGCAGCCAUGAAAUUCCAGUAUAAGGAGGAUCAUCCUUUCGAAUACAGGAAGAAGGAGGGCGAGAAGAUCAGAAAGAAAUACCCGGAUAGGGUGCCUGUUAUUGUAGAAAAGGCCCCUAAGGCCAGAGUUCCAGACCUGGACAAAAGGAAAUACUUGGUACCCUCAGAUCUAACAGUUGGGCAAUUUUACUUCCUCAUCAGGAAGAGGAUUCACCUUCGGCCCGAGGAUGCCCUCUUCUUCUUCGUCAACAAUACCAUUCCUCCCACAAGCGCAACCAUGGGGCAGCUCUAUGAGGAUAACCACGAGGAGGACUACUUUCUGUAUGUGGCCUACAGUGAUGAGAGCGUGUAUGGAAAGUGAUGGCACAACCCACCAAACCCAACAGCAUCACCUCCCAUGACCAACCAUUUCACCGAAUCCCGACCUCUAGGACUGCACAGCACAUGGAACCUACCAGCUCUGGAUCUUGAUGUCUGUGGAAGGUGUAAGGGGAGUGGGUGGGAAUAGACUUGCCAACCUCAGCGGAUGGAUAGCUCAAGAUAAGAAGACAUGCCCUCAGCAAACAUGCCUGAAUGACUGGUGGCCUUGAUUUGAGCAUACUUAGAUUUGAGCCUCCAUUCACCAUGCUCUGGUUUGGCACAACAUGAAAACCCAUAGGGCUAUGUGGUUCCACGGUGCUGAGCUGACCACCUUUAGGCUUGGGUGGAGUCAUUCCUUUAUUACUUGUUGAUUAGUGCAACACAUUCCCGUUAGUGCGCACCCUACCACCUUUCCUAUUGGUCCAAAUUAAGUCUUUUCUCACCAGGUUCCCUCCGCAAUUUGGUGAAAGCAACGGUCCAUAUAUUUGUAUAUAAUACAGAGAGCUGAAGGCCUUUUGCUAGGCUGCCAAUGAAUGCCUGACCUGUGCCAGAGAUGUGAUUGGUGAAUAACAAUUACAAUUCACAGUCUUUUUAAAUGUAUUCCUCUUUUAAUUCUUAGGCUUGGCUUAGGUAGUCUGACCUGUGGCUAUUGGACAGGGCUAUGGAUUAAGCAUCCCUACAGCUACAGACAUAUUUCUUCUCCAUAAUAAUAUCAGUUUAAUAGACGAUCUGAAUCCUAAUUUCAUCUUCCAUUCCAUAUAAAUGGGCAAUGUAAUAACAGGUGCCAAGUUUGCUUCAGCUCCACUAACCCACUGCAACCAAUCAGCAGGCAGUUGUUGUUAUAACUAUAGAUGCACCGAAACCAGGAUUCGGUUCGGCCUUUUUCAGCAGGAUUCGGAUUCUGACAAAUCUUUCUGCCCGGCCAAACCGAAUCGGAAUUUGCAUAUGCAAAUUAUAGGCAGCAAUGGAAACCGCUUGACUUUUUGUCAUAAAACAAGGAAGUAAAAAUGUUUCCCCCUUCCCACCCCUAAUUGAAUAUGCAAAUUCGGAUUCUGUUUCGGUAUUCGCCCGAAUCUUUAGCGAAGGAUUCGGGGGUUCAGCCAAAUCCAAAAUAGUGGAUCCGUUGUUAUCCCUGGUUACAACCAAACAUCUGAUUGGUUGCUAUGGGUUACUAGACUAGGAGCAAACUUUGCACAGGUUUUUAGAUGCCCCCCUUUUGCACACAAAUUAAAUUAUAAACCAAAUUACUAUAUUUUGGAACCAAAACAAUGACAUUUCUGCAUGAAAGCGUGUGCAUGGCCUCAUGGUUGUUACAUAGGGGGGGGGGCGGCUGAGCCUCCUGUCUAGGUCAGUACAUUUGGCAGCAAUCUAAUACACAGGUGUCCAACCUAUAGUUCAUCAGAUGUUUUUGAACUACCACUCCCAUCAGCCAGUGCAGAGCAAUGUAGUUAUCAACAUCAGAAAGGCUGCGGGUUUCCCAUCAGUAGAUGAUAUAUCAAAUUAAGAGAAGGCGCACAUGUAUCUAUAGACACACAAUACACACAACCCAGCAAUUCAUUCUGAAACACCAACAAUGAUAUUACUGCACACACGCAAUUUUAUACAACAUAAAAGCCUGAAACUGGUGAAAAUUGGGAAUGUGUUCUCUCCUUAGGAUAAAGAUAUAGUACAGUACUGUAGCAUGCCCUUGCUUUGUGUCCUGAAAUUAAUUACUGUGUGUUAGUUCUAUAAAUAUUGCACUAGGUCUGUCUUGUUAGGGAAAUACAACUGGAUUUAACAUGGUAAAGGGGAAGUUCAGUAAUGAAAAAGUCAAGUAAAAUUCCAGGAAGAUGUGGUAUUCAGCCUUUAAACUGACCUACUGUUGCUAUGGUCACUGAUCCCAGAAACCAGGCACAGGUUUGAGCAAAAGGCUGGAAAAUAUAUAAGAAAAGAACAUACCUUAGAAACCAGUUAGCAGCUGCAAUUUCAGCCAGGAGAAAGAGAA